AUGGGCCCUGCUGGACAUACCCCAGAGAAAACUAUUCACAGACGUAAUGCUGGAGAGCAUCUGUCAUCUGCUCUCGAUUGGCAGUCAGCUCUACGAUUCAUACGUGAUUUCUCAUUUCAAGGAGGGAAAGCAACUUUCAGGAGAAGAGAUUGUUAUUCUGCAAGGCCAGAGUCCAGAGCGAUGCCGUUCCUGGGGCAGGACUGGCGAUCCCCCGGAUGGAGCUGGGUUAAAACGGAGGACGGCUGGAAGCGCUGCGAGCCCUGGAGGGAGGACCUGGACCCGGAGCGCCCCCAGCGCAGCGCCCCGCCCAGCAUAAUCCUAAAUAGUGAAGAUGAAGAAAUAUUUACUGAUGGAGAGCAUGGAUGUGCAUCCAAGAAAAGGAAAAAGGACCAUUUUAGAAAUGACAGCAACACUCAGUGUUUUUUUCGUGAAAAAUGGAUCUAUGUCCACAAAGAAAGCACAAGAGAGCGGCACGGCUACUGCACGCUGGGGGAGGCCUUCACCCGCCUGGACUUCUCGAGCGCCGUGCAGGACGUGCGCAGGUUCAGCUACGUGGUCAGGCUAUUGCAGCUAAUUGCAAAAUCCCAGUUAACCUCAUUGAGUGGUGUGGCACAAAAGAAUUACUUCAACAUUUUGGAUAAAAUCGUUCACAAGGUGCUCGACGACCACCAGAACCCGCGGCUGAUCAAAGACCUCCUCCGAGACCUGAGUUCCACGCUCUGCACCCUGGUCCGCGGCGUGGGCAAGUCCGUGCUGGUGGGCAACAUCAAUAUCUGGGUGUGCCGGCUGGAGACGGUCCUCGCCUGGCAGCAGCAGCUGCAGAACCUGCAGGUGACGCCGGAGAACCACGGCCUCACGCUCAGUGACCUGCCGCUGCACAUGCUGAACAACAUCCUGUACCGGCUCUCGGACGGCUGGGACAUCGUGACGCUGGGCCAGGUGAGCCCCACGCUGCGCACGCUCAGCGAGGACCGGCGGCUCUGGAGGAAGCUGUGCCAGUACCACUUCGCCGAGAAGCAGUUCUGCAGACACCUGAUCCUCUCGGAGAAGGGCCACGUGGAGUGGAAGCUGAUGUACUUCGCGCUGCAGAAGUGCUACCCGACACGGGAGCAGUACGGGGACACGCUGCUCUUCUGCCGGCACUGCAGCACCCUCUUCUGGAAGGACUCGGGACACCCCUGCACGGCCACCGACCCUGACCGCUGCUCCACGCCCGUGUCCCCGCAGCACUUCAUCGACCUCUUCAAGUUCUGA